AUGGACACACAGACUAUACUGCUCAUCUUGCAAGCCUCACUGGUGCUCCCCCUGGCUGACGGGGCCAACCCAGUCCUGCGCUUUGUGGCUGUGGGUGACUGGGGAGGAGUCCCCAAUGCCCCGUUCUACACAGCCCGGGAAAUGGCCAAUGCCAAGGAGAUUGCCAGGACCGUGCAGAUCCUAGGCACAGACUUCAUCCUGUCCCUGGGGGACAAUUUCUACUUCACUGGCGUGCAGGACGCCAACGACAAGAGGUUUCGGGAGACCUUCGAGGACGUGUUCUCUGCCUCCUCCCUCCGCAACGUGCCCUGGUACGUGCUGGCUGGCAACCACGACCACCUGGGGAACGUCUCCGCGCAGAUCGCCUACUCCAGGAUCUCUCAGCGCUGGAACUUCCCCAGCCCUUACUACCGGCUGCGCUUCAAAGUCCCACGGUCCAAUGUGUCUGUGGCCAUCUUCAUGCUGGACACGGUGACACUGUGCGGCAACUCGGACGACUUCCUCAGCCAGCAGCCCGAGAGGCCCCGUGACGUGGCGCUGGCCCGCACGCAGCUGUCCUGGCUCAAGAAGCAGCUGGCGGCGGCCAAGGAGGACUAUGUGCUGGUGGCCGGCCACUACCCCGUGUGGUCCAUCGCCGAGCACGGGCCCACCCGCUGCCUGGUCAAGCAGCUGAUGCCGCUGCUGGCCACAUACAAGGUCACCGCCUACCUGUGCGGCCAUGACCACAACCUGCAGUACCUCCAGGACGAGAACGGCGUGGGCUACGUGCUGAGCGGGGCCGGAAACUUCAUGGACCCCUCGAGGAAGCAUAUGCGCAAGGUCCCCAACGGCUACCUGCGCUUCCACUACGGGGCCGAGGACUCGCUGGGGGGCUUUGCCUACGUGGAGAUCAGCCCCAAAGAGAUGAGCGUCACUUACAUCGAAGCCUCGGGCAAGUCUCUCUUCAAGACCAGACUGCCGAGGCGAGCCAGAUCUCUCUGGAUGACUUUCUACAGCUUCUACAUCAGCACCUGCUUCAACUUCCACUGUGAUGGGCUGGAGAUGUAA